UGUGAGGAACACAUCUCUCUCGGUCUCGCCUCUCUCCCAGGACAUCUCUCUGGAAUGGCUGUGGCUACCAAAAAAAAUCGCUGAACACAAAUUAAUGGAAGCCAAGAGAAAACUUUCAAUUGAGUUUUGCGCUGUUGCUGUUGCUGUUAUUCGUGUAUUCGUGUGCUUUUGUGUGUUCCUGUGCCAGUGCCAGUGCCUGUGCCUUUGCCUGUGGACAAAUACAGAGCCAAGGACCAAGUUUAUAUUGAGAUAGCCAUAGUCCUUGCUAAUUAGAAGCGAUGAGCGGCCUGGGUCCGGCAGCCUGUUGGCUGGCACACAAACGAAUUGAGUCCUGGUCCCGGAUGGCCAAGGAGCGUGUGGGUGCGGUUCGACGCGUAACCAUCGAUCGAAACUCCGGGGACGAGAGCAGCGCCAGUGGGAGCAGUAAUAGCACCAUACAGACCCUACCCACUGGCGAGGCAGCUCCAACCUCCAGCUCGGGAACCGCGACAACACCGCCGCCACAGCCGAUGACACCGCCGCCGUCGGCCUCGUCUGUGACCUCCACCACUAGUGGGAUAGGAAGCGUUUCGGCCGGCAGUGGCAGCGAUAGCUGUGACUUGACCACGGACUCGGAGGAAGUCAACAUAGCCAAGGAAUCGCAACCCAUCCAGCCGCCUAGUCAGAUGCAUGGCCUGGCCAUGGGUGUCAAUCAUCACAUGGGAUCAGGAUCGUCUUCCGGAACGGACAUCUUGCGCGGCCCCGUCGAAGUCUUUCACAGUCCCUUGCACUUGCAUCACCAGAGCCGCUCGUUUCCGCCGCGUCUCCAGCGCACGCCGUCCAUAUCCAGCCAGAGCAGCGUGGAUAGUGCCCCGUCCCGGCAUUCGUUCAAAACGCAGGGUCAUCGCGGUUCAUCCCCACAAAUACGGACCUUCGGACCGGACGGACGUAGCUCGCUGCCGAGUGAGCCAGCUUUCCCACACCACCUGGCUCGAUCCCCCAGUCCGAUGCGCACCAUCUCGCUGGACGCCCGGUGCGGCAGUCCCGCCCACGCAACCGACCCGGGGGACAUGCGCACCCCCAGUCCCUCGCAGAGCAGCCUCGCAUCUCUGGCCGGAGCCACUGCUGUUGUGAGUGGCUCGAGUCGUGUUGUGGGCGUGGCCGGGGGUCGCUGCCUCUCGCCGCUGCUGAUACCGCCAAGAUCGCAGCCCGGCAUGGAUCCCGCCAUGGGCCCAGCGUCUCCGUUGGGGGCACUCCAGCCGGAUUUGUAUCGAUUGCCGGACGGACCCGUCUACCUAACAGCGCCGGAGUCGAGUCACGCGGUGGGUCGGCUUCACCUGCGUGUGAAAUACGACUAUCAUCUGUUUGAUCUGACAGUGCAUCUGAUUGAAGCUCACAAUCUUAGCCCCAUCGAGGAGGGUGGCUUCCGCGAUCCCUAUGUCCGCCUGAUGCUCCAGCCAGAAGUGGACAGCCGGAAGCGACAGACGCACAUCCAUCGCGGCGAAUCGAAUCCGUACUUCGACCAGCACUUCAAGUUUCCGGUUUCGCGAGAUCAGCUGCAGGGCAAGGAGCUGAUCCUCCAGGUGCUCGACUACGAUCGCUAUUCACAUAACGAUAUCAUUGGGGAGGUGCGCCUCUCUGUUGAUGGCUUGGAUUUGUCCAAGUCAGUGGAGAUCUGGGGAGAUUUGCUGCGGACUAAAAAGCCCAAAGAGGAUCGACCAGAGUUGCUCUGCUCGUUGAACUAUUUGCCCCAGGCGGAACGUCUGACGAUUGUUAUAAUGAAGGCACGAAAUUUGGACACUGUACAGGAGCCGUAUGUGAAGAUUUAUCUGAUUCAAAAUGGCAAGCGCAUCAAGAAGAAGAAGACCAGCAUUACCAAGUCGGACGAUCCCACCAAUCCUAUCUGGAACGAGGCGUUCACGUUUAAUCUGCAAUCAAAUUAUCUCCACAGUGCGGCCAUUGAGAUCUAUGUGGUUGGGGCUGGUAGCGAGGCAGCGGAAAUUGGCUGUUGCGGCCUUGGCCCCCAGGAGAGCGGUACCGGCUGCCAGCACUGGCACGACAUGAUUAACAAUGCCCGCAAGCCCACGGCCAUGUGGCACUACAUCCGCUAGGCUAGGCAUCCGCUGGAAUCAAACAUUAGCCGUACAAUAGUAUGCUGGGAGAGAGACCCAUUAAAUAAUUAUGAUUUUCCAAUAUGUAAUUGCAACAGCAUCGUCUGUGUCUGUGGCGGUGAAUGUAUCUAAAUCCGUAACUGUAUAUCUGUGUCUGUAACUGUAAUCGUAUCCGUAUCCGUACCCGUACCCGUAUCCGUGUGCGGCUCUGUGCACGCGUUGAAUAUUCCAAUCAAUUUGAUCUGAAAUAUGUAAGCUGCCCAGCUGCACAGUUUGCGGAACACUUAUGCUGAGCCACUAAAUAUUAUAAACCUUCAUUGGAAAAUUAAAUUUGAAUCUAUAAUUGUCGGCUAUACUCGUUAAUAACCUUUAACCAAGCGGGAACAUACCCUCCAUUAAGCUCAAAUCAAAAGUUCCUACACCGGAAAGAAAACUGACAGAUUUUCAGUGAAGAAAAGGUAACUCAUAAAACGUUUCUGUUGUGCAUUUUGUGCAACGGCUAUGAGUAAAAUCUUUACAAAAAGCACAGAAACAAUAAAUGAAUGAAAUGGUAAUCGCACAUAACACUUACGUACACAUGUCAACCAGACUCGUUGACAUAUCCCAAUCGACGUCAACAGUUUGAGGACUUGAGGAGCGGAGCCUUCUUUCUCUUUUUUGCUGAGAGCCAUUCAAGUGUGCAUUUCUUAAAUAAUUAUGAAUACUAUACACAUUCAUACGAGUAUACCGCAUAAGGAGCGGGCCAUACUCUCCGUGUCGUAUAGGUGAGUGGUCGUCAAUCAUGCAGGAAGGAAACCUCCCUCGAAUUGGCUCAGACGACAAACCAUCCAAAGGAGUAGAGUGGAGUCUCUUUUGUGCUGGCGACAGUUGACAAAUUGCCAUCCUGCUGUUGUCCUUUUGCAAUGCGAUCCUAGGUGUACUUGAAUGGGUGUGUGCUCUGUGUGUUUGUCGUCAAUGAUGUCGUCUUACUCCCAGAGUAAGAGAGAGGGCACACAACCUAUGCUAAUUGUUAACUUAAAUAUUCCUUCCAACCCAGUGCGAGUAUGUCUAUCAAAGCACGCCGCCCCAGAAAAGGGUAGUCCAAAGGCAUUUCUCCACCACUCCAUCCUAUUUUAUAUGUACUUACAACGAGAACUUCAACCACUCCACUCGGUGUGCCAUCUAAUUUAUAAGAGCGCUGGGAGGAGGAACGGACUACUGAUUUCAGUCAAAUAAAGCUAUGCGUGUGUUUUUGGUGUUGUUGGGAAUAUACAUAUGUCCUUAUUAUACUAAUGUAUAUGUAAAAUAUGCUACAUAUAUUCGUAUACAUACUAAACACGAAAUUAAUCAAACUAUAAAUUAUAACCCUAAGUACGAGUAUAUUCUAUACAAAAAUUAUGAAAAUGUAAUUAUAUAAAUGUGAAU